AUGGCGGCGCGCAGCCUGGGCAGCGGCAUGGGGCGCCUGCUGGGCGGCCUGCUCGGGCGCUCGGGGCCGUCUGCAUGGCCGCCGUGCGCGCUGACCGCGUCCCGCGCGGUUGCCACCCGGCUCCUGCGCAGCGUUCCCGCCACCGCACCGCCCGGCUCCUACCCGGCGUUGAGCGCUCAAGCUGCCCGAGAGCCGGCCGCCUUCUGGGGGCCAAUGGCGCGUGACACGCUCAUUUGGGACACCCCCUACCACACCGUCUGGGACUGCGACUUCAGUAAGGGCAAGAUCGGCUGGUUCUUGGGAGGCCAGUUGAAUGUGUCCGUCAACUGCCUGGAUCAGCAUGUGCAGAAGUCCCCUGAGACUGUUGCUUUGAUCUGGGAGAGAGAUGAACCUGGGACUGAAGUGAGGAUCACCUACAGGGAGCUUCUGGAGACCACGUGCCGCUUGGCCAACACACUGAAGAGGCAUGGAGUGCACCGAGGGGACCGUGUGGCCAUCUACAUGCCUGUGUCUCCGCUGGCCGUGGCGGCCAUGCUGGCCUGCGCCAGGAUUGGAGCCAUCCAUACAGUGGUCUUUGCUGGCUUCAGUGCCGAGUCCUUGGCUGGAAGGAUCAAUGAUGCCAAGUGCAAGGUGGUUAUUACCUUCAACCAAGGAGUCCGGGGAGGGCGUGUGGUGGAACUGAAGAAAAUAGUGGAUGAAGCUGUGAAGAAUUGCCCAACAAUCCAGCAUGUCCUUGUAGCGCACAGGACAGAUGCCAAGGUGCCCAUGGGGGAUCUGGAUGUCCCCCUGGAGCAGGAGAUGGCCAAGGAGGCCCCUGUGUGCACCCCUGAAAGCAUGGGCAGUGAAGACAUGCUCUUCAUGCUGUACACCUCUGGGAGCACUGGUUCACCCAAGGGAAUCGUCCAUACCCAGGCGGGCUACCUACUGUAUGCUGCCCUGACGCACAAGCUCGUGUUUGACUACCAGCCAGGUGAUGUCUUUGGCUGUGUGGCUGACAUUGGUUGGAUCACAGGACACAGCUACGUGGUGUAUGGACCUCUCUGCAAUGGAGCUACCACUGUCCUUUUUGAGAGUACCCCAAUUUACCCUGAUGCUGGUCGGUACUGGGAGACGGUGCAGAGGCUCAAGAUCAACCAGUUCUAUGGAGCCCCAACAGCUGUCCGGCUGCUUCUGAAGCAUGGAGAUACCUGGGUGAAAAAGUAUGACCGUUCCUCCCUGCGCACACUGGGGUCAGAAACCGGUGGCAUCUGCAUUGCACCUCGGCCCUCGGAAGAUGGGGCAGAGAUCCUCCCGGGUAUGGCCAUGAGGCCCUUUUUUGGCAUUGUCCCUGCGCUCAUGGAUGAGAAGGGUAACAUCGUGGAGGGCGGUGAUGUCUCUGGGGCCCUAUGCAUCUCCCAGGCUUGGCCAGGCAUGGCCAGGACCAUCUAUGGUGAUCACCAGAGGUUCAUAGAUGCCUACUUCAGAGCAUACCCAGGCUAUUACUUCACUGGAGAUGGAGCUCACCGUACAGAAGGUGGAUAUUACCAAAUCACGGGGCGCAUGGAUGAUGUCAUCAACAUCAGUGGCCACCGCCUGGGAACUGCAGAGAUUGAGGAUGCAAUGGCUGACCACCCCGCUGUGCCAGAAACUGCUGUCAUUGGGUACCCUCACGACAUCAAGGGAGAAGCUGCAUUUGCCUUUAUUGUGCUAAAAGAUGAUGCCAGUGAUGCAAACGUGGUGGUAAAUGAACUCAAGUCUGCAGUGGCUACCAAGAUCGCCAAGUACGCCGUGCCUGACCAGAUCCUGGUGGUGAAGCGUCUCCCCAAAACCCGAUCUGGGAAAGUGAUGAGGCGGUUGCUGAGGAAGAUUAUUACCAGCAGAGGUCAAGAUCUGGGUGACACUACCACCCUGGAGGACCCCAAUGUCAUCACAGAAAUCCUGAGUGCCUUCCAGAAGUAUGAAGACCAGCGGGCUGCCACCAAGUGAGAAGUGUGCCUCUGCCUGUGUGUUCAGACAAGCCACACCAAACCCCUGACAGUCCUCAUUAAAAGGAACUCCAAAGGUGGCUUAUUCCCUCCCAGCAUAUGACCCAACUACCACUCUAAAUGGGGCUGAAGCCCCUCUCCUCCUCCUGAGGCCCGGAGGGAGGCCUGUGGAGGGUAGGCUUUCUUCCCUUUGUCCUCCAUCUGGUUCCCAGGAACGAAGUCAUCAUCGUCUGCAAAGAGCCAGCAAAGUGCAGCCAGAGGCCCAGAGGAGAGGGCCGCUCAUGACUCAGAGCCAAAGCUAUCAUGUUUUCUCCAGAUGUGUCUAGAUGCAAAAGGCAGAUGUUUUAUUUUUGGUACUUUUCUAUUUUGGGAGAAUAAUGUCCAAGCACUGAAGUGUAAUAUGAAAAUUUACUUAUACACAUACUUUGUAACCCUUAGGAGUCAAGAAAAAAAACAAACAAACCCCUUUUCCUCCAUUGGGAAGCAUGAUAAUCAGAGUGUGCUUUUCAUGAUCAUUUAGUGUGAUGAGAGACGUUUGGGUCUGCAGCUGACACACAGCAUCUUGAGAUCCUGCCAACUGGUGGCACAUGCCCACUUCCACUUCCUGGUGUCUGUUUCUCCAAUAAUGGGUUCAUUUGGCUUGUGCUGUGAUGGAACACAGUUUUGUUUUGUUUUUUUUGUUUUUUUUUUUUCAGUGCUAGGGAUCAAACUCAGGGCCUUAUGCACGCUAGGCAAGUGCUCUACCUCUGAGCUGCACACCUCUAACUCCUAAUGCCCAAGAUACGGGGGGAAUGUCUUCUCCUUUACUUGUGAAAUUAUGUCAGUUGGGUUUGUUUCUCCAAACUGUGAUCUGGAAAAAUCCCCCCCCCCGACCCAGGUGCUUCUUAGUAGGAAGUCAACACUGCUUCAAAUAUGUGAGACUGUUCAUGGGAGCCAGUGAAAACUCAGGUGACUUAUUAGGGCCCUGGUUUGGCCUGAACUGGGCUCCUGAAGAUUCUACCUGUCCCUUCUGUAUUAGGAGAAUGGGAACCACUGUGGUCCAUGUGAUAUACUUGGCGCUCUUAAGCAAGAUAUCUUUUUCUUUCUUUCUUUCUUUUUUUUUGGUCUUUGUGAAACAGGGUCUCCCUGUAGCCCCAGCUGUCCUGGAACUCACAGAGAUCUGCCUGCCUCUGCCUCCCGAGUGCUGGGAUUAAAGGUGUGCACCCCACCACGCCUGGCCAUAUCUCUCUUUUUCAAUGUGCCUUAAGUCCUUUAAACAUUAGUGGGCGAUGAAAAGUGUGAAGUUAUGAAAUGCUUAUUUCCUAGCUAUGUGUGACUAAUCAUAUGACUGCUGAGGGUGGGACAGCCCCUAGGGACAGGGGAAGCUUGUCCUGUUCAUCUACAGAACUUCUUAGUUACAUGGGUAUUCCAGAGGGAUCUGAAGUACUGUACCUUUUUGUGAACUUGACCUGUGCUGACUUCUUGGGUAAUGGAGCAAGUACCCUGAAACUUCCAGGAGGUGGAGUGGUUGUAGUACGCACAAAUAUUGAGUCAUAGACAUUCGCUAUGAUCAGUAAUAAAUAGCCAUGUGACGAACUUGGCUGACUGUUGCUACUGUGCCAUUUAGGAAAUGGCCUGGGUUCGAGGUUGCUGAUAUAAGCUCUCAGAAUGAUCUACUGAGGCAUUCAAAUAAAGCUUUAUUUUGUGCA